ACACCCACCGGAAGUAAACAAAGACAGCGCUAGCAGCGUUAGCUAGGUGCAUGUUAGCAGUUAGCUGGAAGACGGUAGUGUGGUCGUGUCUCUGGUAAAUAUUCAAGUAGUGGACGGAGCAGUGAUGUCUUCGGCUCAGUAUUUGAGAGAGUUUAUCAGCGAGCGACUAACAGCUGCUGCUGAAGAGAUAUUCACAGUCUUUGAAAAAACCAUCGUCCAGUACGAAGAAGAGGUCGCUCGUCAGCGCAGACUGCUGGACACCGUUUUGAAACCUGAAAUAAAGCUACACAGGAUCGAGCUCCCACAGCAGCAUGUCUGUAAGGAGGAGGAGGUUCUCACUGACCAGCAGCUCUGUCUCCAGGAGAGGAACUCCAGUCUGGACCAAGAGGAACAAGAACCUCCACAGAUUAAAGAGGAACAGGAGGAAAUGUGCACCAGUCAGGAGGGAGAGCAGCUCGUACUGAAGCAGGAGACUGAAACCUUCAUGUUGACUCCUCAUGGUGAGGAAAGUGACCACAGAGAACCAGACGGUGAGCACCAGCUCCUCUCUCACAACUCUCCUGUAGCUGAGAGCCAAGAUCAGAACAGAAGAAAACUUGUGGAUUUAGGAUCAACUAGAAAUGUAUCAGAGAUUGACUCUAAUACUCACCCAAGAGAAAAGUCUUUCAAAUGUGACAGUUGUGGCAAAGCUUUUUUGUAUAAGUGUCACUUGAAAAUACAUCUGAGAAUCCACACGGGAGAGAAACCAUAUUUAUGCAAAAUGUGUGGAAAAGCAUUUAUUACCAUGUUCACAUUGAAAAGUCAUAUGACAACUCACACAGGUGAGAAGCCAUAUUCUUGCAAAAUAUGUCGCAAAAGUUUUGUGCGUAGUGGUUACUUGAAAGUUCACAUGAGACGUCACACGGGUGAGAAGCCGUAUUCUUGUGACACAUGUGGGAAAAGUUUUGUAUGUAGUGGCAUCUUGAAAGUCCACAUGAGAACCCACACAGGUGAGAAGCCGAAUUCUUGUGAAAACUGUGGGAAAAGAUUCAGUGACAUUUCUGCGUUGAAUCAGCAUAUGAUUGUGCACACAGGUGAGAAGCCGUAUUCUUGCAAAAUAUGUGGGAAAUGUUUUGUGCGUAGUUCGGUCUUGAAAGUCCACUUGAGAACUCACACUGGUGAGAAGCCAUUUUCUUGUAGAUUAUGUGGGAAAAGCUUUGUAAGUAGUAACGUCUUGAAAGUCCACAUCAGAACACACACAGGUGAGAAGCCGUACUCCUGCGGCACCUGUGGGAAAAGAUUUAGUAACACCUCAGCUUUGAAUGAACAUAUGAGAGUGCACACAGGUGAGAAACCAUACUCUUGUGAAACAUGUGGGAGAAGUUUUGGAUGUGGUCGUGAUUUAACAGUCCACAUUAGAACUCACACAGGUGAGAAGCCGUAUUCUUGCCAAAUAUGCCAGAAAGGUUUCACACGUGGUAAUUAUUUGAAAGUCCACAUGAGGCGUCACACAGGUGAGAAGCCGUACUCUUGCAACAUCUGUGGGAAAAGAUUCUUUCAGUCGUCAGACAUGAAAAGGCAUUUAAAAGUUCAUACAGGUUAAAAUUGUAUAUUAACUAAACAGGCUAGUUUUCCGGCUUAAUGGAUAAUUGCUGGUACACAUGAGAAGCGCUCACACUGAUGAAAAUGAUUAUCACUGCAACUUCUCUGGGUAAACAUACUUUGAAGUGACAUAUCUUGAAAACCAUUCCUGAUUUAAAAUUGGACACAUCACUUCAAGUCACCUUGAACAACAAUAGACUGUUUUCAACAUUCCUGCCACGCUUGGGAUGAGUCCUAUAAGCCCCCAAAAAUCCAUAUCAGUCGAGCUCUACUUAUAAGGGAACCAGCUGAAUUAUGUUGAUACUGCCAAGCACCCAGUUGGAUUGGAGUUGGAUUAAGUUGUUGUUGGAGAUAACUGGGCUUAGUUAACAAAACAUGGAAAGCAAUGUGAGUACAUACUUCCUUUAAAGUGAAAAACUGACUUCUUAAAUCAUUUUCGUUUUGCUGUUUUUAUCAACUCAGUUGUAUGACGUUAUACAAAGUUUCUGAUGUUGAAGAUAAUAAAUUAUCUAGUAGUGGACGGCCAUCCUGAAACUACUGUCUUUUCUAGAACAUUUACUUUAAUUUGAUCUUUUGUGUGUUUUUCCAACACAUAACAUUGAUACAUUUUUAUUAUGGUGAAACAAACACAUUAAGUAGAAGAUGUUCUGCGUGGCUUUAUGAAUGGUGCCAUAUCAAUCAACUUGAAUUAGUAGAACAUUUCUUUCAAUGCUUGUUCUUUAGACUAAUGUCAGCGACGGUUCAGCUGUGCUGCUCUUCUAGAGAAUCAAGGUCUCUGAUUUUAGAGUAGACAGUAAAUACUAUCUUUCACAACAGUUUCAAUGUAUAUCUAUUAAAUAUAUGUCACAAACAUAAAUGUUUGCAACACUUCCUGUACCUGCUUCAAAAUAAAAGCACUCCUGCAUUGCUGUUGACUAAAUCCAUUCAGUUGUUUAAAAGGUUAAAAUUGUGAAAUAUUUGCAGGAGUGGAAGAUGCGCGGCUUCAUACUGCACAGUACUGGUAUUUAUGUCCGUACUUUUAUACAAGGUAAUACAGCAGUCACGUUUAUGGCCAUUUUCAAAGCAAACCCUGUUUAAAGUAAAGUAGCGGCUCCACUGCAGAGCUUAUUGUUGAAAUUCAUUGAACAGACACUGUAAAUAUAGUUUGUAUUGAAGAGAUAUCCCUCCUGUUAAUGUGAAUAUUUUGCAUCGAACAGAUAAAAUCUUUGAUUGUAUGGAUGUUCGUACAUUGAGUCUGUUGUAACAGAGAAAUAAUAAAUACGACUCCUAAGUGGGUAUUUUAAAAGAUAUCGGGUAGAUCUCAGUUCACCUUUGGAAUUAAACCGUGAUCUUGAGCUUGAAAACGUUACAAGUUUUUUUUUAAACUUUGUAUUUAUUAUAUCUAAUAUUUAUUUGUCUAUGUGUCUGAUGAUCUGUACUGUUACAUAUGUGUAAUACUUGUAGAAAUACGUGCUUGUAAAUAAAGUUGUUUUAAAAAUAAAA